AUGUCAAAUUAAGGAAUGCUUAGAAUAGGGACUUAAGAUUCAUUUUCAAGAAAAAACUAAUUGAAUUAAUUUCAUGCUACUCCUAGCCAUAGGAAAACUUCUCUAACUAAGCCUCUAUCAAUUGAUUAAAUCCCAGACAAUGCAUUAGAAAAAUUUUAUUUGUACAAACAAAAAAAGAACGAUGUGAGAUUGAAACAAUAAUUGAGCAAAUAAAGUUAACGAUCAUCAUAGAAUUCAAUAGCCUAAACAAAUUAAUUCUAUAUUAAUGCUAAUUUCGUUAGCAAUUCAGGUAGUUAACAAAAGCGUUCAGGUCAAUCUGUAACUAUUGAAGCAAUAGAAUCAGUUAAAAGAACUAUAAAAACAGAUAUGGGAAAUCCUGCAUCAUUUUUAAAUAAAGCAAAAAGCAUAGAUCAAGAAGAUUAAUAGUAAUAAGUUAAGCAUCAUAACGUUGUUGUGAAAUUUGGUAACUAAGAUUUUUAUUUUUAUUUUGAAGCUCAGUAAGAAUAUAAUAUUAAUAAAUUUAGUACUAAUAUGAAAUCAAUUUGGUUUUAAAUUUUGUAAAGAUUGCAUGAUAAUACAUUUGCAAAUCCACAAGAAUGUUAUGCCAAUAUUAAAGACAAACCUUCAGUAAAUUAAAUUGUUAGUUUCAUUUCUUAAUAGCAUUCAAUACCUAUUGAUUAUUAUAUUGCUCAGCCAGAAUUACAAUUUAACGUUUUUAUGAACUCAGGUUUAAAAUUGGAAGCAUUUUUCUUAUAAACUUAAUAAGAACCAAGAGUUAAUUUAAAAGAUUUUAUUUUUUUGAAGAAUAUUGGAGUUGGAGGUUUCUCUUUAGUUUAUUUGGUUAGAAAAAAAGAUACUGGAAAAUUUUAUGCUCUUAAACUUAUUGAUAAAGAAUUUAUUAUAGCAAAGAAAAAAUAAUAGAUUGUAUUAAAUGAACGAAAUGUAAUGACAUUACUUAAUAGUCCAUUCUUAUUACAUUUAUCUUAUGCAUUUGAAUCAAGAUAAUUUGUAGUUUUUGUUUUAGAGUUCUGUUAAGGUGGAGAAUUAUUUUUUCAAUUGAAAUAAAUUAAAAGAAUGAGUGAAGAAUAAGCUUGUUUUUAUAUAGCAGAAAUAUGUUUGGUAUUUAAUUCUAAUUCAUAUUAAGGGUCUACAUGAAAUUCAUUCAUUAAAUAUUUUAUAUAGAGACAUUAAGCCUGAAAACAUUUUGAUGGAUAUAGAAGGACAUGUUAGGAUUGCAGAUUUUGGUUUAAGUAAGCCAGAAAUAAGUAGAGAAGAAAAAGCUUAUAGUUUUUGUGGUUCUCCAGAAUAUAUGGCUCCAGAAAUGCUUCUAAAAUAAGGACACUCUUAAACUGUUGAUUUUUAUUGUUUAGGAGCCUUGCUUUAUGAAUUACUUACUGGAUUACCACCAUAUUAUUCUACAGAUACAAAUUAAAUUUAUCAAGACAUUCUCUAUUCUAAAUUAACUUUUCCUAAUGAUGUAUUAUAUUUAAAUUAAUUCAAGUUAAAUUUAUCAAAAGAUGUUAAAAAUCUAUUGAUAUAAUUGUUAGAUAAAAAUCCAAAUUAAAGAUUAGGAUAGUCUGGAGGUAUACAAGAGAUUCUUUAGCAUCCUUUUUUUUCUUAAAUUGAUUUUAAACAACUAAUGCUAAAAAAAGUUAAACCUCCAUUUCGUCCAGAUCCUUUAAGAAUGAAUUUAGAUGAAAAGGAAUCUUAAAAAGGAGAAUUAGACUUUAGAAAAAUGAUUGCUUCAAAUAAAGGAGCAAAUCUACCAGUUAUUUUUGGAUCAUCAUUUUAUUAUGAGUCUCCUUAAGAAGCUUAAAUAAAAUCAGUCUAUAAAGAAUGGAUUGCCCACACAAAUUUACAACCAAACACUCCUUGUGUUGGGUCUUAUCAUAGUUAAGGAAGGUAUAUGAAUCUCAUAAUAUUUAAAGAUAGACUAAAUCACAAGAUAUUGUACCUUUAAUUUAAUCCGUAAAAAAUAACCCCAGAUCUCGCUAAAUUAUUAAUUAAAAAUAAUAAUCGUAAAAGACAAUUGGCUAGAAAUCAUCUUUAGAAAGAAUAAAUUAAGAAAGAAAGUUUUUUUCGAAAAUUUGA